GUUAACAAACUGGCGUGUACAGGUAUCUUAGUUUUCCCCAUUUGACCUCUGGUUAAACAAGCAUGUUUUUUGCUGUGACACUUUGGGAUGUGGACGUGUAUUGGGAAUAUUCUGUGGCCUAAAAGAGUAGCCCCUACCUUGUGCUAUGGUACCAAACCUGGUUGUCUCCUGAAGGCCUGGAGAAGGCAAUGCCCCUGGCUGGGGGCAGCACAGAGAAGGGAGGGAUCUGCAGGACCCAAGUGGCAAGAGGAAAAAAGUGAAGAUGGUGUGAAAUGGAAACAAUUGGAACAUAAGGGGCCGUACUUUGCACCCUUAUAUGAACCACUUCCAGAUGAAGUUCACUUCUAUUAUGAUGGAAAUGCUAUGAAGUUGAGUUUAGCAGCUGAAGAGAUUGCUACCUUUUAUGGGAAAAUGUUGGAUCAUGAAUAUACCACAAAGGAAGUUUUUCAAAACAACUUCUUCAAUGACUGGCAAAAGGCACAGGAAAUGACCGUGGAAGAGAAAAAGAUAAUCAAGCACCUGGACAAAUGUGACUUCACAGAGAUCCACAAGUACUUUGUUGACAAAAAUGAAGCGCGAAAAGCUUUGCCCAAAGAGGAGAAACAGAAGCUAAAAGAAGAGGCAGAUAGACUUCAGGAAGAGUUUGGCUACUGUAUAUUAGAUGGCCACAGAGAGAAAAUAGGCAAUUUCAAGACUGAGCCACCGGGGUUAUUUCGUGGUCGUGGGGACCAUCCAAAAAUGGGGAUGUUGAAGAAAAGAAUAAUGCCAGAAGAUGUGAUCAUAAACUGCAGCAGGGAUUCUAAAAUACCAGAGCCUCCUCCAGGUCACAAAUGGAAAGAAGUACGCUUUGACAACACAGUCACUUGGCUGGCAUCAUGGACUGAGAACAUCCAGAAUUCCAUUAAAUACAUCAUGUUGAACCCCAGUUCAAAGCUUAAGGGGGAGAAGGACUGGCAGAAAUAUGAAGUUGCUCGACGCCUGAAGGGGGUGGUAGACAAAAUCCGUUUUCAGUACCGUUUUGACUGGAAAUCAAGGGAAAUGAGAAAACGACAAAGAGCUGUCGCCCUUUAUUUCAUUGAUAAGCUGGCCCUGAGAGCUGGUAAUGAGAAAGAAGAAGGAGAGACAGCAGACACGGUUGGCUGCUGCUCUCUUCGUGUUGAACACAUACAGUUACACCGGGAGUUGGAUGGGCAGGAACAUGUUGUUGAGUUUGACUUCCUGGGAAAGGACUGUAUCCGAUACUACAACAAAGUGCCUGUUGAAAAGCCAGUAUUUAAGAAUUUGCAGCUCUUCAUGGAGAACAAGGACCCAGGGGAUGAUCUGUUUGAUAGACUUAAUACCUCAACCUUGAAUAAGCAUCUUCAGGACCUGAUGGAUGGAUUGACAGCCAAGGUGUUCAGGACCUAUAAUGCAUCCAUCACCCUGCAGGAACAGCUGAGAGCACUGACCAGCGCUGAAGAUAAUAUAGCAGCUAAAAUUUUGUCCUACAACCGAGCAAACCGAGCAGUAGCCAUUUUAUGCAACCAUCAGCGGGCAACUCCUAAGACUUUUGAGAAGUCCAUGCAAAAUCUCCAGACAAAGAUUGAUGCUAAAAAGGAGCAGCUAGCCAUGGCAGAACAGGAGCUAAAGAGAGCGAAAGCUGAUGCCAAAGCGAGAAAGGAUGUCAAGUCCAAGAGUAAUGUGGACAAGAAGAAAAAACUGCUGGCCAAGUUAGAAGAACAGCUCACGAAGCUGUGCACCCAAGCCACAGACAAAGAAGAAAACAAGCAGGUUGCCCUGGGUACCUCCAAACUCAAUUACUUGGAUCCCAGGAUUAGCGUUGCCUGGUGUAAGAAGUUUGGAGUGCCAGUGGAGAAGAUUUAUAAUAAAACCCAGAGGGAGAAGUUUGCCUGGGCAAUUGAUAUGGCAGAUGAAGAGUUUGAGUUCUAAGCUAACAUUUCUGUAUCUAUUUUUGAAUCGUUGAGGUUUUUCAAUUAUUAAACAACAUUGGGAGGAAUUUUGUACAAUGAAGUAUUUUACUAA